AAAGCCCUUGUUCAUAAACCCUAGCGGGGAAGCAGCAGUCUUCUUCAAUGCGACGAGCGUAUGACCCGAACCCUAACCACCUCUGUAAGUCCUUCUCUUCUCGCAUUCAAACCUCGCCAAGUUCUUCUCUCACGCCACACCACGAAGAAAGCAAACGACAUUGAAGCCCCCAUGUCUGCCAUUAAAGCCGUAUCUCUAGACCCAGAGCAGAGGACUCUUCUUCUUCACGCCGUGUCCCUCUUUUUGCAGCGCAAUGGCUUCUCCAAAACGCUCAAAAAGUUUCGUUCCGAAGCGCAGAUUGAGAAGGAUUUUUCAAAGGAUUUGUCGCUCAGUCUCGAAGAAAUGUGCCAUAUGCAUUUAAAGAAAUGUACUCAAGCCAUUGCUACACCAAACAAACCAGUAGAUGAAGAAACGGUGAAGGAGGGUUUGGAUGAUAGGGCUCCUGAAGCACAAGAGGAGCCCACAAAGAAGUCCAAGGAUAAAAAGAAAAUUAAGAAGGCAGUUGCCGAAACUCAUGUUGAUAUUGCAGAAAAUGAGAAAUCCGAUUCUGUCCAAGAAGAGGCUCGAAAGAAAUCUAAGGAUAAAAAGAAAAAGAAAAACAAAGAGAAUGUUGCUACUGUAGAAGAAAAUGUUGUCAAGUCCAAAAAAAAGAAGAAAAAGGAUGGUCGACUUCUAAGUGAUGAAAAUUCAAACCAGCUCAUGACUAGAUGUUCAGAGGAAACUUUGAAUGAAAGUGAUGGUAUCAAGACACCACAUGAAGAAGAACACAAUGACAAGUCGAAGAAAAGGAAAAGGUUGGCUUCUGAAGAUCUUGACAGUCAUACCGUAGAUCAGAACGAAACUGAAGAUAUCAAACGUAGAAAAUUAGAAGGUUCAGAAGGAUGUAAUGAUGGUGUACAGUCUACAAAGGUCAAUACAAGCAAUGAGCUUUCGCAGCAGACGAAUGAGUAUGUUGAAAAAACUGCUGAGAAAACUUCUUCAAAGAAAGCUCUGAAGAAACAUUCAAAUGGCUCAGCAGAGCCAAAGACCUUUAACGCAUUUCAAAGGGUGAAAGUAGAUGCUGUGACAUUUUCUGACGACAAACUAGCAGAUAAUUCUUACUGGGCGAAGGAUGGGGCAGAAACUGGGUAUGGUGCAAAAGCUCAAGAAGUUCUCGGGCAGGUUAAAGGAAGGGAUUUUCGACACGAAAAGACCAAGAAGAAGCGUGGAUCAUAUCGAGGUGGAGUUAUUGAUCUGCAAUCUCACUCAGUAAAGUUCAAUUAUUCAGAUGAUGAUUGAUCAUCAUAUUAAUGGAUUCAGAUUAUGGUUCUUCACCUCUUUUUAUCAAUCAUGAAGGAGGGAAGUUUCCAUUUAAUGAAAAAAUAGUUGUAUGUUGCAUAGAAACUGGAAAGGAUUGAUUGAUGUUCUAUAGAACAUUAUUUUUGGAAGGAAUCCACCCAAAAGUUUGGGCUAUUGCGUUCA